AUGUCGGACGGCACUCUGUUCAAGGCGGAGAAGGACUUCACGAAAGAGGCGGACAAGGUGCUGCCAGAGGCGGAGGCUCUAGCAAAGAAAGAUCUGCAGAAGGCGAUUGACAAGAUCAUCCCUCUCGAAAAACAAGCCAGACAGUCAUCAGAUCUCGCCACGACAUCUCGAUGCUUAGUUACAAUCGUUACAUUAUGUAAAGAGGCUGGAGAUUGGAGUCUACUCAACGAGCAAGUCCAACUGCUAUCCAAGAAACAUGGACAGCUCAAACAAGCGAUUACCAAUAUGGUGCAGGUUGUCAUGGGAUUCCUUGACGACACGCCAAACUUGGAUAUCAAACUCACCGUCAUUGAGGCCUUACGGACGGUGACUGAGGGCAAGAUCUUCGUCGAAGUCGAGCGUGCUAGAAUCACCCGGAUACUGUCCAACAUCAAGAAGGAGCAAGGCGACAUCAAAUCGGCGUGUGACAUCCUCUGCGAACUUCAAGUCGAGACUUUUGGGUCGAUGACGCGGAGAGAAAAGACGGAAUUCAUCCUCGAGCAGGUGGACCUAUGUAUACAAAACGGCGACUGGACACAAGCGAGCAUUCUCAGCCGAAAGAUCAGCACGAGGUAUUUCGCCCGGAAACCCAAGAAGACACCGGAACAGUUGGAGAAGGACAAGAAGGCGCGGGAAGAAAAGGAGAAGACCAGGUCUGCCGACGAGCCUCCGCCGGAGAAGGAAGACGACGUGACCGACCUCAAACUGCGCUUCUACGAACAACAAAUCACGCUGGCGAAACAUGAAGACAAAUACCUCGAAGUCUGCAAACAUUACCGACAGGUCCUGGAUACAGAAUCCGUCGAGAACAACCCCGACCAACUGCGUGCCGUUCUGCAGAGAGUCAUCUAUUUCGUCCUUCUGGCCCCUUACGACAAUGAACAAUCCGAUCUCCUCCACCGGAUUGCACAAGACAGCCGUAACGCCGAAGUGCCGAAAGACGCGGCGCUGCUCAAACAAUUCACCAUCCCCGAAUUGAUGCGCUGGCCUAUGAUCGAGCAACAGUACGGCGAGCACCUCUGCUCGACCGAUAUAUUUUCCAAGACCGCCGACCCGAGCGAUCCUAAAGCGCAGACACGCUACGACGCCCUCCGCCACCGCGUGAUCGAACACAACGUUCGAGUCAUCGCCAAAUACUACACCCGCAUCACCUUCCCCCGUCUCACCGAACUUUUGGACCUGUCUGAAGACGAAACCGAGAAAUAUAUCUCCGACCUGGUGACCAAGAAGACGGUCUACGCACGUAUUGACCGGCCCGCGAGAGUGGUCAGUUUCGAGGUGAAGCGCGGCCCCGAGGAGAUCUUGGAUGAAUGGGGAUCCAGCAUGAGAGGACUCCUGGGGCUCCUGGAGCGCGUCGGCCAUCUCAUGCAACGCGAGGAGAUGAUGGCUCGGAUUCAACCGGCAGCCAAAGAAGAGGGCAAGAAGGUCAAGGCCUGA